AUGUGGUCACGCUCUCCGUACGUUUACCGGACGCUCGGCCGUUCUCUGUCAGCGGCGAGCCAGACCUGUAACGGACUUAUCCAAAAUAGAUUUUUAGGUCGCUCUCUGAGCAGCCAAGUGGUUCAACAGAAACCUCAGCCUGGUGAAUUCCUGUCAUCGCUGAAUGUGUUCCACAUCAGAUACUUCAAGACGUCUGCUGUCCACAGGGAGGAGGUGGUCACCGUCAACACACCUGCAUUCGCAGAAUCCGUUACAGAAGGGGAUGUGAGGUGGGAAAAAGCGGUGGGUGAUUCGGUCACAGAAGAUGAGGUGGUGUGCGAAAUUGAGACAGACAAGACAUCGGUACAAGUCCCCUCUCCGGCCGCCGGCAUCAUCGAGGAGCUGCUGGUGCCUGACGGUGGGAGGGUGGAAGGAGGAACGCCUCUUUUCAAGCUGCGGAAAGGAGCUGCUGCAGCUGUGGAAGCUUCCCCGUCAGCAGCUGCAGAGGUCCCUGCAGCGGCAGCUGUGGCCGCCCCCCCACCACCACCUCCCCCCCAGCCGCCCACCCCCGCUGACACGACUCCUGCGCUGUCACAGGCUGGACAAGCCGCGCCUGUUGCCCCUGUCAGGCUGGCUCCUGCUGCUCCACAACCAGCUGCUGCUGCCACAGUUGGAGUCAGGGGAGAAAACAGGGUGAAGAUGAACCGAAUGAGGCUGAGGAUUGCUCAGAGGCUGAAAGAGGCUCAGAACACCUGCGCCAUGCUGACCACCUUCAACGAGGUGGACAUGAGCAACAUUCAGGGGAUGAGGACAGCCUAUAAGGAAGCUUUUCUGAAGAAGCACAACAUCAAACUGGGUUUUAUGUCAGCUUUUGUGAAGGCUGCUGCGCAGGCCCUGACCGAUCAACCUGCUGUCAAUGCCGUUAUCGAUGACACAACCAAAGAGAUCAUCUACAGAGACUAUGUAGACAUCAGUGUUGCAGUGGCAACUCCAAAGGGGCUCGUCGUACCAGUGAUUCGUAAUGUGGAGACCAUGAACUUCGCUGACAUUGAGAAAGCUAUCAAUGCUCUGGGAGAAAAGGCUCGUAAGAAUGAGCUUGCUGUUGAGGAUAUGGAUGGAGGGACGUUCACCAUCAGCAACGGCGGCGUGUUCGGCUCCAUGUUCGGCACGCCGAUAAUCAACCCACCACAAUCGGCCAUACUGGGCAUGCAUGGCAUUUUUGACAGACCAGUGGCCAUUAAUGGCAAGGUUGAGGUGCGGCCCAUGAUGUACGUGGCUCUGACCUACGACCACCGGCUCGUUGACGGCCGGGAAGCCGUCACUUUCUUACGCAAGAUCAAAGCAGUGGUGGAAGACCCGCGGGUGCUGCUUCUGGACAUGUGA